UUCCGGUGAGGUGACAACGUAUAGCAUGACCUGUAGAUUCAACAAAUUUACAAACAACGCAACUCGGUUCAUGAAACAUCGCAUCGGGGGACGCUCUAAGGCAGGGAAAAGGACGGGCAGAGUAGCCAAACUACUCAAGCGUGGUGACUACCCGGGGAUGUCCACGGACAUUGUCCUGGAAGCGCCCUGUUUCCAGCUGCGAGCGGACGGAGAGGUGGACCGCCACGUGUUUAUAGGGCUGACCACAACAGAUUGUGUUAUGGCCGUACAGCGUCUUCCAGAUUACGGGGAACAUCCUGGCGUGAAGUACAGAGCGAAUGUCGACCUGGAUGUGGAGGGAAUGGAACUCGUCUGCUCGGCUCCGCUGAGGUUUAUCAGGUUUUUCCUGAUUGACACGCGGUCCCGGAAGUUCGCGAUCUGCACAAAUCUCGGCAGUGUGUGGUACUUCGAGAUGUGCAACUCGGCCGAUGGCUCAGACGAACUGUGGACAAACUGGCUGGAAAUGAUCCACGCCCAAGACCAUCCCGAGUGGUUCGGAUACCGGACGUGGACAGUCGGUCGGAAGGACGCCAUGGACGCCAGAAAAUCAACAUUACCCAGAGACACCAAGGGGAAAGACGGGAUCCUUAGAUUCAUCAAGAGACCACUUGCAUUCUGUGCUGUAGAUAACGUUGGCACCCAGAUCCCCUUUGCGAGGCUCCAUUCCAAACAGCCUGGAAGAGCAUUCCGAACUUCAAACGCUGAUUCUCAUAUGGAGAAGAAUUCUCCUUUUAAACAUGUCAAAUUUGUAAUCCCACAAGUCCGAAAGUCCCAAACAAGAACAAAGUGUGAUGAGGUGCGGCAGUCCCAGUCUUCCACAAAUCUUUCCGCAAAUCUUUCCGCAUCAUACACGUGCAGAGGCAAGCGCCACGUGGUCAGGAAGAGCCAAUCAGAGUGCAUGCUGGGUGGCGGGUCAGGGUUCACCCCUGGCAGCGGCCUGUACUUCAAGUACACGACCCUGGCCUUCUUGAGCGAAGCUCUACGGGCUGAGCCUCACAGAGCCGUUGACAUCGCCGCCAUCCGUUACCACAAGUGGGGCAUCACCAAGACCUGUCUCAACCAGCUGCAGAAAAUUUGGAAAGCGCGGAAUGAAGAGAGAUUAGCAAGAGAACGCAAGAUGGAGCUCAAUCGUGACGAUUCCGAUGACAGCAUAACGGAUUUAGUCAAAGAAUUCGCUCAACCAAAAAGUAAGUCCGCACCCACCAGAUGGAGCAAGGUGAAGAGUCUGCAAGUUGAGCGGCCUCCAGCACGAGAUGCCAUGAUCAGCUUAGCCGUGUUUGAAACCUAUGGAUCCCUCAAGAGGAAGGAGAAGGGUUGGCUAUAUGGGGCGACGCCGCAGACCUUCGCCUCUCAGUUGACCCAGAUUCACAUCGACAUGUUCCAGAAAAUCACGGAACUGGAUAUCGUCAACUUCUUUGAUAAACACAACGCAGCCCGUCCUACAAAGUUGAUGAAGCUGCUAGCCUUCUCCAACCAUGCCAGCAAUCUCGUUGCCAUGGAGAUAGUCAAGUCCAGAACACACGCAAACAGGACCCAGAGGGUCAAGUUCUUCAUACAGGUCAGUGAGGCGUGUCGAGAAUUGGGUGACCUUCAUUCCGCGUGGUCAGUGAUAACCGGACUUCAGCUGUUUCCAGUAGCUCGGCUGACUGACACAUGGUCUGACGUUUGCAGGAAAUUUCCCGUCAUUUACAGGGACUACGAGAAUCUCUGUCUGAUGUUUGCCUGCUUGUCUUCACCCAAGUACAGAGAUGAGCUUCAGAGCUCCUCACAGCGCCCUCCAUACCUCCCUUGGCUAAACCACUUCCUCUGGCAUGUAAUGAAGACACUGUGUCGAGAUUUCUCCAACCAGAUUAACAGUGAUUGCAAGAAGGCAACAAGGUCUAGAAAAAUAUCUUUUGAUUGGAAACUCUGUUGGGGGAGGAAUAGUUCGAUUCAAGAUUAUGUCUUAAAAGGAUUUGCGAAACCCAAGAAGGAAGGUGGCAGUAAGAAGGCUAAACUUCCCAGAGACCUUAGUUCUCAAUCUGGGAAGGAGAAACAGAGGCCUGGUGGUGUUCAGGGUGUCCAGGGUGUUCAGGGAGUCCAGGGUGUCCAGGGUGUUCAGGGUGUCCAGCAACAGCAGGUGGGUUCAGUCAGCAAGUCAGUUGACAGUAUGGCAGAUGACCUUGCAGCCCAGAUAGUCACACAGGCCAUUAGUGAACACUCCAGGGUUCACCAGUCACUUCCAGCACACAAACAGACGGUGUCAUCUAACCCUGGAUCUGACUCUCAUGUACACCGUAAACCAGGUACUUCCCAAGUAACUGAAACCAAAGAUAAACGAGUGGAAAUUGUUAAAAGUCCUUCUAUGCACGGCCACCAUCCCAUGUCUUCCCUUGGUACAGACCAGCUCACGAAGGACAUCCAGCAUGAAGACAGGACUGAGAGAGCGCCUGUGGAUCGUCAUCGGCAAGGCUCCUCUGAUGUAGCCAGUGCAGUUCCAGAGCCAACUGAUACCGUACAUGUCCAGCAUGAUCUUACAACAGAUGCUUCAAACUUAGAAUCUUCAGGAAUUGUUGGGCAGCAUCAGGAACCACAGAUCCCCAAUCCUGUUUCCAGACCUGUAGGUGGGACAGCGUCAAACAAGCAUGAUCCAUCCCAUUGCCCUUCCCACUUUGCACAGCAAGAUGAGGAAUUCAUGAGAGAGAAGGAUAAAGUGAUAGACAAAGCGAUCAAAUUCAAGCUGAGGCAAACCAAGCGAGGGGAGAUGUUGAAGGACUGGACAGGGGCUGAGGAAGACUCGUCUGAUGAGGAAGAAAAACAGUCAUCCAAAAAAAAAACCACUGCAAGGCGAUCACUUUUCUCAGGUAGGAAACAAUCACCCAAAGAUAGCAUGGAUACUAAAGAGGCAAAGGUUGUGAAAAUAAGACCAGAAAGGAUGUCUACAAAGGCUGAAUCACCCAAACAGGACCCUAAACGUGGCCUUGUAGCUGUGGGUGGAAAGAACAGUUUAAGUAAAGGCAAUUCACAAACAUUGAAGCUUAAAUCCACAAACACUACCAAAGGAACAUCACCCAUUUUGGAUAAUGCUUCUGGAAAUUCCCAGGGACAUUCAGAUUACAGUAAUGUGUCUCGAACAGAGGAUCGACCACAGAAGUCAGUGCGGUUCCUGAAUCAUUCACAGAGCCAUAAUGAGGACGGGGACUUAAACUGGUCAAGUUGUAACCCUCAUACCAGUCAAUAUGAAUGUUCACCCUGUCACUGUGAGACUGGUGGGGAGGACGAUGGAAUAGCCUGUGGUGGCAUGAUCAUGAACAUCUCCAAUAGACAAGAUCUUGACAGGCAAAACAAGUUGACAUGCCAAUGUGGACAGAUGGACAAUACGGAAUCUGAUUUGACAAAGUGCACAUGUGGAGAAGCCACUUGUGGACAUUGUACAAGUGAUGAAAGGCCAGAUAAUUGUCACUGUCACAGUAGGAAGCUGAACAAUAUUAGUUCCCCAGACAUAAAUUGCACACAGCAUCCUAUUGCCAGUUGUGUUUUUUGUACAACUGCUGAAAGGCCAGAGAGAGAUACCUGUCCAAACACAAUGUCUCAAGAAACAGUCCGAAUGAAUCAUGAUUGCAUGAAGGCUAGAUACAAACUAGAUGACCAGAAGCUUCACCCUGAUGUCAGGAAUAAGGCGGAUAUGUUGUGCCAUUGUGUAAAGUUCCUUGACAGCAGUCUGAGAUAUGCUGCUUCCUGUAAGAACCCUCAGAUCUGUGGUGUUUCGUGUGCUGUUGCCGGAAGUUGUGACCAGGCUUUAAACACAGGGUUAACAUCCAUGAACAGGAACCGGGAACACUUUCCUAACUGGAACCCUACUGGCAGCCUGUGUGAUAGUGAUACAUGUGCUCAAAGUCAUGAUGCAUUAGACAGGAACUGGUCGAGUUCAGGUCGCCUGUCGUCACCGCAAUGGUGCUGGACGUGCGACAUGUCUGACUGUGUCUUGCACAACUCCGGCCUGGAGACACUGGUGGAGCUGCAGCAGGCGUGUCUGACCUUCCACCUAAAGGUCAACAGCAGACUGAAGACCUACAUCACUGACCAGCAUCAGCGUGCGACACAGUUUCAGAUCCUGAGGGCCACUGUACCCAUCACAUCCUGAUUAAAACAACACAUAUU